UGGGACUGGAGUUAGGAAAUACGGUGCUGGCAAUGAUGAUGCUCCACUCAGCAAAAGGCGGGGCUCAGUCAUGUGUCACUUGAUUUGGUGCUGGAGGCAGACACUGACAGGUGUGAAGGGGGAGGGGGCGGGGAUCGCUGCAUGGUUCAGGCUGGGUAGAGAGAUCUGGCUGGCAGCGGCGAGGCCAGGGGUGCCGUCUAGUGUAGGAAAGAGAGAGCUGGUGCAGGAAGAGGAUAUGUCCGUACUGAGAUGGCUUUUCUCUGCUCUGCAGGUUUUAUGGCCUGGGCUGCUCCUUCAGCUGAGCCCAGCAGCCCAUGCGCCAGCCCUGCCUCUCCUCCUGCAGACCUCGGUCAGGGUGGUAAAGAGGAUGCAGGAGGAAGGCAGGCUGCUCUUGGACAGGAGGUGUGGCAAGGUGAACAGAGGGUGUCGGUCAAGCCCCAGGGCCACUCUACUCCAGGAGCUGCUGGCUCGGCUGCUGGUGCUCGGUGCAUCUUCAUCCAUGACAGUGCAGGUCAGAAGGGCAGCCAUGUUCCUCCUCUUCCAGCUGAUGAGCAUGUUCCAGGCUGGCUCUGGCCGAUUCUGGGAUAAUUACACAACGGAGAUGCUCCUUUACGUGGAAGAUCACAAGACCUGCUUCUGCCAGAGGGAGUGGGAGCAGCAGCUGCUGCAGUUCCUGGAAGACCUUCUCUUCCUCAUCUCGGACCAUACCUGGCUGGGCUGUUUCAUCACUAGUAUCAGGCGCCAGCUGGCCCACAGCGAUAAGCGGCCCAGUGACAAGAGCUUUCUCUACAAGUGCUGGGGCACCGUGCUGAUGUUUUCUCCAGAAGAGAGCAUCAAGCCCCAGCUAUGGCAUCUGGUGGAGAUGGUCAAUUUCAGAGAAGAAGAGGAAAGAGAGGGAUUCGCCCGAGCACUUGGGCUGUGUGCCAGGCAACAUCUAUAUGAGAUUUUUGCCAUCCUGGAGCACUGGGAAGAGGUCGUCAGCAGGGUGCAGCUCCAGCCUUCUGCUGCUGGCUCUCUGGAGGAGCCAGCUUCCAUCGAGCAGCUGAGAAGCCUCCUGCUCCUCACCUAUGGGCACGUGGUCCACUCAGUCCCCACAGACCUCAUCCUAGAGACCGUAGGCUACAAGAUCCUGACUCCCAUGCGAAAACACUAUUUUCUGAGCCCACAUGCUUGUGCUGCACCCAGGGAUGAGAAGAGAAAGAUUUAG